UUUCUUAAGAGGCUGGUUAUGGUGGGUGGAAUAGGCAGCUACGACCAAGAAAGUAGCCAUACAAAACCUUGCAAACGAAAAUCUUGACACGCAGUAGUAAGGGCUCCUCUAAGCAGCAAUGUUGUAGAUAGCACCCAAAUUUUGUCAGUACGUGUCACUCCCAUAUUUUGCGUUAAUAGAGAAUAGUGUGUAAUGUCUCAGAUCUCCCAGAUAGCUUUUUGAGCCUUUGUGAGUUUACCUCUGACAAAGCCACAGCUUUCUCGUCAAGCUGCAGAUCGACGUGGCCUACAUCAUCACUUCCCUUCUAAACAAAAAUCAUAAUAAAAUUAACUAAUCAUAGUAACCAGUUCUUUUGGCCGAGCAUUGGAAAACUCUCCCCAGGGAACAUCAUGGCCCAAAACUGCUGCGUUCAACUAUGAUACAGAAAUGGCCGCUACGUUUGGUUCAAUCCAAAUUUGCGUUAAUUUGUUGCAUAACUGAGCCAUUUAUGCGAUCAAUGGCUGAAGGAAGCAGUGUGCAUUCAGAUGGAAUCAAAGAAGUCCAUCAGGUACCGAUGAAUGUCAUCAAUCGACCAAUACCUUCUGUGCUUGAAGAAGAAAAAGUGCAGUCUCUAAUGAAAACAAUCCAGGAUGAGAAUGCAAGAUAUUCUGUGCCUCCAAUUGAUGUAUUAUGGAUCAAAGGAAGAUUAGGUGGUGACUAUUUCUACUCAUUUGGGGGAUGCCAUAGGUUUGAAGCUUACAAAAGACUUAACAAGAACACAAUUCCCUGCAAGCUAGUUAAAUCAACAGUGGAAGGCCUUAAGGUUUAUUUAGGAUCUUCUUUGCCAGACCUGAAAUAAGAAUCAGUCUGUAGUGUGUUUUUGUGAACAUGUGUGACUCCACAAUUCUCAGUCAUCUACAAUAAUAGGGCUGGCAAAUAGUGAAAUGUGACAUCUUAGUUUGAAUAUUGUUACCCUUAAAUCUUAAUCACACUUCAGUAGAAAAUAAAAUUAUGUACAUGAAAGGCAUAUAGUCAUGAACUGUAUAGAAAUGGUAUUUUCAAAAUUGUACAUAUUAUUAAGAAUUGUCUUAUAAUUGAAUGACAAUAUUUCAUUAU